UUGGGAAGAGGCGCCGCCUAGCCCAGCGCCAGCAGCGCCGCCGUCCCUUCGUCCACGACCCCGUCACCGUCCUAUACAUCAGCGGGCACCGCCGACGAUGUCAAUCCCUGGGAUCUUGUCGUAGGCUUCCACCACCGCCAAAUCCUCGUCUCCGCCGGCUCCGCAUUUCUAAACCCUAUCCAGGUCUCUGGCGACCCCAACCGGCUCCGCACCCUCAUGCCACCGCCAACGCCUCCAACCCCGAUGCCGCAGGUGACUGCUUCCUACCGCUGUUCCAGCGACCAAACCCCAUCAAUCGGCUACGGUCGGGUCGUUUGACGGUGGCGACGCCGGCGAUCAGCGGGGACUUCGGUUGCGGCGCCCUGGGAGGUGGAGCGGAAAACGAACCUCUUGAAACUAAAGGAGCGUUCGUAAGCUUCCUAUCCAUCGAUUCUCAACUGUGCAUCAAGAUGCGAGAAACAGCUGUCAUGGUGGAUUUUGACAAACUCUCUAUAUGAUGCGUUAGACGGAUCCUCUUUAUUGUGGUAGAGGUUGGUGCCUAGGCCCCGCCGAGAAUUCCCAGAGGCGGUGACCGGAUCUUGCCUCCCUUUCCCGGCACCCAGCAUCCGCCGGAGAUCCUGAUGUCGAUCGAGCUGAAGCUUUCUCGGCCAAGCCGCGUCUAUCGUCCAGGCGAAUCCGUUGAGGGCAAGAUCAUAACUACUCUCACCACCUCCGUCUCCUACCAUAAAAUCCUCGUCACUGUCAACGGAACUGUCAAUCUACAGGUUCGAGGCGGAGUGGCGGGAGUGAUCGAGUCCUUGUACAGCGUGGUCAAGCCUCUCUGCAUCAUAAAAAAGAGCACAGAGGUUGCAUCAUCUGCUGGGAAGUUAGCUCCAGGUAGAACAGAGAUACCUUUUUCCUUCAGUUUAAGUUCACAAGAAAAUGGAAAUCAUGGAGCAUUUUAUGAGACAUUUCAUGGUGGAAACAUCAGCAUCCAGUAUCUGAUUACUGCAGAUAUAAUGAGAGGUUACCUGCAUAAAUCUUUGUCUGCUACUUUGGAGUUUAUAGUUGAAAGUGAUAAAGUCUUGCAGGGCCACCAGUUUCACCUGAAUUGGUUAGGUUUUAUAUUACUCAAGACACCCAGAAACAUCAAUUACUGCCCGAACUGCUUACAGUAUAAGCAAGUUAUGGAGGUUGAUCUAUUUGAAGAUAGAAUGACUGUUGCUGCUAUUUAUGGGCUUUUUUUCUUUGCAAACACCAAAUCAUUGUUCAGAAAGCGAGGAUCAGGUGGUUUUCGAAUUACAGGAAAAAUCUCAACUGAAUGUUCUUUAACGGAUCCUGUCAGUGGUGAGCUUGUUGUUGAGGCAUCCGCUGUUCCCAUACGCUCUAUUGACAUACAAUUGCUUCGUAUUGAAUCUAUUCUUGCUGGGGAGAGGAUAAUAGCUGACACAUCAGUGAUUCAGACCACACAGAUAGCAGAUGGAGAUGUUUGCAAAUCCCUGACUUUGCCGAUAUAUGUCAUACUUCCCCGCCUUUUUGUGUGUCCCACUGUUCUUGCUGGGCCAUUUUUGAUUGAGUUUCAGAUUUCCAUAGUCAUCAGUUUCCAGUCAGAAUUAUCCAAAUUAUAUCCCAAGUCUGAUCUUAGAACUCCAAGGCCAUGGUCGGCAAUGUUGACUCUGCCUCUUCGUGUAUUCCGAACAUAGGUUGGUGAUGAGUAGCUCCAUUCAGAUGCUGAAGGGGCACUACUCUUUUCUUUAUAUUUCAUGCUUUCAUUAGUUUGAAAAUUGUAAUACUUAUAGUUACAUAUCCAGAAAAAAAUUGUGUGGAACAUCACUAUAUUUCAUAUUUUUCACCUUCACGUGAGAAAUGGUGGCUUAGCUUGCUUCAACGGGAGCCUCUCAUGGUCCAAAAACCUUGAAGAGAGAAUUGUACUGUUAAAUAUUCUCACUGUGGUGUUUAUUAUGUCUUGCUAAUUUUUCUUA